UGCGGAAGCAUAGUGCUGAGAAGCAGCCAGCCAAAAACACUCAACCCCGUCCUCCCCCGCAAAAACAAGUCCCAAAGCCCUGGGCACUACGGAGAGCCGGGCCAAGGAAAAGAGAAAGGCAGAGGGGCGGAAUCGGGGCGCCCCAUUCAAUCCCCGCGGCAGCCGAGCGUCGAUUUGAUAAUGGGCUGCAUUAAAAGUAAAGAGAACAAAAGUCCAGCCAUUAAAUACAGACCUGAAAAUACUCCAGAGCCUGUCAGUACAAGUGUGAGCCAUUAUGGAGCAGAACCCACUACAGCGUCACCAUGUCCGUCAUCUUCAGCAAAGGGAACAGCAGUUAAUUUCAGCAGUCUUUCCAUGACACCAUUUGGAGGAUCCUCAGGGGUAACACCUUUUGGAGGUGCAUCUUCCUCAUUCUCAGUGGUGCCAAGUUCAUAUCCUGCUGGUUUAACAGGUGGUGUUACUAUAUUUGUGGCCUUAUAUGAUUAUGAAGCUAGAACUACAGAAGACCUUUCAUUUAAGAAGGGUGAAAGAUUUCAAAUAAUUAACAAUACGGAAGGAGAUUGGUGGGAAGCAAGAUCAAUCGCUACAGGAAAGAAUGGUUAUAUCCCAAGCAAUUAUGUAGCGCCUGCAGAUUCCAUUCAGGCAGAAGAAUGGUAUUUUGGCAAAAUGGGGAGAAAAGAUGCUGAAAGAUUACUUCUGAAUCCUGGAAAUCAACGAGGUAUUUUCUUAGUAAGAGAGAGUGAAACUACUAAAGGUGCUUACUCCCUCUCUAUUCGUGAUUGGGAUGAGGUAAGGGGUGACAAUGUGAAACACUACAAAAUUAGGAAGCUUGACAAUGGUGGAUACUAUAUCACAACCAGAGCACAAUUUGAUACUCUGCAGAAAUUGGUGAAACACUACACAGAACAUGCUGAUGGUUUAUGCCACAAGUUAACAACCGUGUGUCCAACCGUGAAACCUCAGACUCAAGGUCUAGCAAAAGAUGCUUGGGAAAUCCCUCGAGAAUCUUUGCGACUAGAGGUUAAACUAGGACAAGGAUGUUUUGGCGAAGUGUGGAUGGGAACAUGGAAUGGAACCACAAAAGUAGCAAUCAAAACACUAAAACCAGGUACAAUGAUGCCAGAAGCUUUCCUUCAAGAAGCUCAGAUAAUGAAAAAAUUAAGACAUGAUAAACUUGUCCCACUAUAUGCUGUUGUUUCUGAAGAGCCAAUUUACAUUGUCACUGAAUUUAUGUCAAAAGGAAGCUUGUUAGAUUUCCUUAAGGAAGGAGAUGGAAAGUAUUUGAAGCUUCCACAGCUGGUUGAUAUGGCUGCUCAGAUUGCUGAUGGUAUGGCAUAUAUUGAAAGAAUGAACUAUAUUCACCGAGAUCUUCGGGCUGCUAAUAUUCUUGUAGGAGAAAAUCUUGUGUGCAAAAUAGCAGAUUUUGGUUUAGCAAGGUUAAUUGAAGACAAUGAAUACACAGCAAGACAAGGUGCAAAAUUUCCAAUCAAAUGGACAGCUCCUGAAGCUGCACUGUAUGGUCGGUUUACAAUAAAGUCUGAUGUCUGGUCAUUUGGAAUUCUGCAGACAGAGCUGGUAACAAAGGGCAGAGUGCCAUAUCCGGGUAUGGUGAACCGUGAAGUACUGGAACAAGUGGAGCGAGGAUACAGGAUGCCCUGCCCUCAGGGCUGUCCAGAAUCCCUCCAUGAAUUGAUGAAUCUGUGUUGGAAGAAGGACCCUGAUGAAAGACCAACAUUUGAAUAUAUUCAGUCCUUCUUGGAAGACUACUUCACUGCUACAGAGCCACAGUACCAGCCAGGAGAAAAUUUAUAAUUCAAGUAGCCUAUUUUAUAUGCACAAAUCUGCCAAAAUGUAAAGAACUUGUGUAGAGUUUCUACAGGAAUCAAAAGAAGAAAAUCUUCUUUACUCUGCAUGUUUUUAAUGUAAACUGGAAUCCCAGAUACGGUUGCACAAAACCACUUUUUUUCCCCCAAGUAUUAAACUCUAAUGUACCAAUGAUGAAUUUUCCAACGUAUUUCAGGGUCCAAAGAAAAUAGAGCUAAGAUACUGAUGACAGUGUGGGUGAUAGCAUGGUAAUGAAGGGCAAUGAGGCUACUGCUUAUAAAUCAUUUCCUUUCUUUUUUUCCCCACAGAAUUGCUCAAAGAAAAUUAUUUAUUGUUACAGAUAAAACUUGAGAGAUAAAAAGCUAUACUGUAAUAAAAUCUAAAAUUAAGGAGUACAUGGGACCAAAUGAUUCCAUUCCAGUUUUUAAAGUUUCUUGCAUUAUUCUCAAAAGUUUUUUCUAAGUUAAACAGUCAAUAUGCAAUCUUAAUAUAUGCUUUCUUUUGCAUGGACAUGGGCCAGGUUUUUCAAAAGGAAUAUAAACAGGAUCUCAAACUUGAUUAAAUGUUAGACCACAGAAGUGGAAUUUGAAAGUGUAAUGCAGUACAUUAAUGUUUAUAUUCAUGGAACUGAGAGAAUAAGAAGUUUUCCACUUCAGUCCUUUUCUGAGGAGUUUGUCUUAGAAUAAUGAAGGUAACUAGAAAGUGAGUUAAUCUUGUAUGAGGUUGCAUUGAUCUUUUAAGGCAAUAUAUAAUUGAAACUACUGUCCAAUGAAAGGGGAAAUGUUUUAAUCUUUAGAUAGCAUUCUAAGUAAGACCCAGCAUUUAAAAAGCCCUUUUAAAAAAAUAGAUUUGGUACUGUGAGAUAUUGCUAAUAUGUCCUUAUGGGGAUGGGUGCCACAAAUAGAAAAUAUGACCAGAUCAGGGAUUUGAAUGCACUUUUGCUCAUGGUGAAUAUAGAUGAACAGAGAGGAAAAUGUAUUUAAAAGAAAUACGAGAAAAGAAAAUGUGAAAGUUUUACAAGUAGAGGGAUGGAAUGUAAUGUUUAAUGUUGAUGUCAUGGAGUGACAAAAUGGCUUUGCUGGCACUCAAAGCUCCUCACUUAGCUAUGUUCUGAGACUUUUAAGAGUUAUAAGGUAUAACUAUAAAACUAAUUUUUCUUACACACUAAAUGGGUAUUUGUUCAGAAUAGUGAAGUUACGGCUUCACAUUCAUUCCUGUGGGAUAUGACUUUAAUGUAAAACAUUUUUAGGACUCCAGUUUUCAAAUAAUGUUUGAAUCUACUUUCGCUUUU